CUUGACGCUCUAGCCAGUGCAGAUGGGCUUGGUGGUGUCGGUGUCGCUGCAGGCAGCAGUGCAGGCGCAGCAGGUACGUCAUCAUCUCCAGCUUCGGGUGCGGAGGGCGUACCCUUGAAUUUGGACGAGGUGAAUCAGUGUCUGGAGGAUCUGAUUGAGUUUUUUGCUCAACCGGAGACUCAUGAAGAACAUGAGACCAGACAGUCGAAAUUGGCAGCCCUGGCAAAUAGGCAGGAUCUCUUCCAAGAAGAGGGCAUGAUCAGCCUGGUGCUGGAGACCAUUGAUAAGUUCACCGGUACCUUCCGCAGCCGCCGUGAGUUUGCUCUUGCCGUGGGAGAGGAGCAAGGCAGUCGUUUCAGCGACCUUGGCAACUACCUCUACCUCCUGUUGGCCGCCUUGAUCCGUGGAAACCGUGAAAACUGUGCCCAAUUUGCUGCACCUGCACGACUUGAUUGGCUCUUUAAUCGUCUUGAGUUGCAGCAGAGCUUUGCAGAGGGCGUCCUCGAUGCACUUCAUUGUGUGCUGACAGACUCGGACGAGGCGCUGAAUGUUAUCACAGCCCAGCACAUUCACACGCUAAUUGGACUGCUUGAUAAGCAGGGUCGUGACCCUCGGGUUCUAGAAGUGCUCUACUCAAUAUGCAUAGGCCGUCAAGGUGGAGCUGUGCGUCUGAAUCAGGAUCUCAUCUAUGAAAGUCUUCUACCUGAGCGCGACCUUCUCUUGCAAACCAAACUAGUGGCUCAGUCCGGCUCCAUGCGGCCCAACAUUUUCGUUGGAAUUAAACCAGGUGGAUCGAUGUAUACUAAAUGGUACUUUGAAGUGUUUAUCGACGCCCUCGAGAACGUCACCCACCAACCUCCUGGCAUUCGAAUUGGUUGGGGCAAUACAGACGGCUACACGCCACAUCCUGUUGGUGGGCCCGGUUGGGGAGGCAUUUCCCUCGGUGACGACUUCUACUCUUUCGCCUUCGAUGGGCAGAAUCUCUGGACCGGUGGAAAAGCGAAACAGGCGCUUUUCCCGUCCGGAACGGGAGGCAAAGAUCCAAAUCGUCGGGCCAGUAUCGCUCCCUCUGCCAUUUCGACCACAUCAUCCAAUGGAAGUGCAAAUUUGAAACGAGGGGAUGUUAUUGGUUGCCUCCUUGAUCUCACUGGACCGGUUAUUCAAUUUAAUCUGAAUGGGAACUUGGUGAAGGGCUACUUCCAGGUGAGAUGGGGGGAGCAGAUUGACCCUUGCUAA